AGACAUUCAGAGAAAACUUGCUUUUGCAAAGAGAGGAAGAGGAGAACUGAGAAAAAAGUUUUCUAUUCAUGUUUUGGGUCUUCUUCUUGCAAUCAUGUGUUUGAGUUUGGUGAUACUUUGCCUCUGUGUCUUCAAAACAGAGCUUGCAAGAGUUUGGGUUCAACAUCAAACAGAUAAUUGGUACAGUGUGACCUCACGGCAGCAUGCAGAGUCAAGUGGAGCCGACAGUCAUCCGCACAGAGUGCAGCGGUCAUCUUCAGGCCACUCUAAAUUAAACAGCGCGGCCCUGGGUGGAGGACUAACCAUCGACACCUUGCCAGACAACAUGACACGCGUAGUGGAGGAUUCUGGGAAGUAUUACACAUGGCGUACCUUUGGUCCAGAAGACCAGCGCACAGAGGAACUAUGGGUGGACAUGAGUGACGUCCGGCAUGGCCAAGUGAGAGUCCAUGGCAUUCUGUCAAACUCAUACAAGCAGGCUGUGAAGGUCGCCUUGUCAUUUGACUUUCCUUUUUACGGACAUUACCUGAGGCAGAUCACAAUCGCAACUGGAGGGUUUAUCUUCACAGGGGACAUUACUCACCGCAUGCUGACCGCAACACAGUACAUCGCCCCCUUAAUGGCUAAUUUUGACCCCAGCUACUCUAGAGAAUCCACUGUGCAAUACCUAGAUAAUGGGGAGGUGUUUGUGGUCCAGUGGGAGCGGGUACGACUUUCCGGAAAAGAGUCAGCAGGGGCCUUCACGUUUCAGGCUUCACUUCACAAAACAGGAACCAUCGCAUUCAGCUAUCGAGAGAUGCCUCUGUCAUUGGAUGGAAUUGGUUCUGCUGAGCAUCCGGUUAAGGCCGGUCUGUCUGAUGCCUUCAUGGUCACGCAACCGUCUCCUCAAUCACCAGAUGCCCAACGGCGGACAAUUUAUGAGUACCAUCGGGUUGAAAUCGACUCGACGAACAUCACCUCCUUCUCUGCCAUUGAGUUCACUCCACUACCUACUUGCCUGCAGCAUGCCAGCUGCGAGCUUUGCCUCUCAUCCACACAAACCACUGGUUGUAGCUGGUGCAACGUACUCCAAAGGUGUUCAAAUGGCAUGGAUAGACACAGGCAAGAAUGGUUGGACUACGCCUGUUCAGAAGAGAGUAAAAAUGAAACCUGUGAGGAUUACUCAAGGGGUGACGGCUCCAACGGUUCCUCUACCUCAGCAGAGAUGGAGGACGUCUCCUCACUGACUCCUCUCCAAAAGCAUUAUGAUGAUGAGACCAAAAGUAUUAUAUUUAAGAAUGGCAAAGACGUGAGGACCGAUUCUUCAACCAAGAGUGACCGGUGGGCCAAAACCGGAGUGAUAGCCGGUAUAGCAGCUGUGCUGGUGUUACUUUUGGCUUUGGUACUUGUAGCUCUGUACAUCAACUACCAUCCUACUGCUGCAACCCCACUGCACUUCAUCCAGCGACGCAAGGAUUACUGGCCAUCGUUGAAGUUUCAGAAGCAACACCCAGGGUACACAGAAGUGGAAGGAGAAGGUCAUGAAAAAGACUGCAUUGAUGAAGCUGGUCCAUGUCCAUGAAAUAACAAAUGUAAACCUUGAGGAAUAUUUGUAUUGAUGAGAGCUCUAAAAACAUUGUAGUCCAAAAAGCUAUUUGGACGAUGUCUCCAUUGCACGACUAUGCAACAGUUUGCGUCAAUGAGGACUGAUUGUUGUAUGAUAUUGAAUGGAGUUCAUUGGAAAUGUACAGUAUAUCUCAUCCCUAAUUUUUAACCAAAUUGACUGCAAUAAACUGUGUAAUGCAUGCCACACGGUUGGCAACCUUAGAUAAACACAUAAACUA